AUGGGUAUUUGUAUGAGUAAGCAUUCCCAUCGAAAGGUGUCAGUUAAAGCGAGAAACAAUGACCAAGGCCCAGAUUUAGCUAAAAUAAGAGCAGAAUUGAUUUCAAGAAUUCACAGUUUGCAUUCUGUGAAAUCUGAAUGCAAACAAGGGAUCGAAAUCUGUGCGAUCCAGAAAGAAAAAAGCAAAGCAAUUAUACUGAAAGCUAAGCAAGAAUAUAUAAACGGAAAGCUAAAAGAAAUCCAAGACCUGAUUAAACUAAUAGAUGAUUCGCAAGAUAAGCCUAUAAAAGAUAUACUCUUUAGGAUAGAAUAAUGCUGAUAUAUUGAUUUUUUAAAUUUUUUGUAAUUCUUUUUAUAAGGGAUUAUGCUGAUAUAGAGUGAUUUUAAUGAAUUAUUUUAUAAUAAAGAUAUUGGAUAUUUUAAUAUGAAAAUAUAUAUAAAAAUAUGAUAGCAAGCCAUGCUUUAAAGCUAAAUGAAACCCUUGACCCUAUUUUGAUUGAAAACGAUAUUGAUGAAAUUAUUUCUGGAAGAGAAAGGAAACAAUACGACGAAAUUCUCCAGAGAAGCCAAAUCUUUAACAAGGACAGCUUGGACAUUCCUAGUCAAGUUGAUCAGCUUUUUGAGUCUUCAGCAUCUUUAAAUGAGCCAAAUUCUGGUGGAGUGAGAAGGAAAUAUAAUAGAAGAACUAAAAGCUCAGGGAAACUUCUUUAA